AGGAGAGCCUUUGGCGGGAGGCGCGUGUCCGUGCGUCCCGGUGUCCGUGCGUCCUGGCUCCGCCAGCCUGAGGGCUGCAGGCACCGUGCAAGGGCAGCCCGGAGCGGUUCCCUGCGCCCGCAGAAUCCUGCGGUCACUGUGCUGCCGCAUCCAGCGUGGAUGAGUUUGUGCUUUCCCGUGUGCCCACAGCUUUUGCCCCCAGGCCACGGGGGAGGCCGUGCAUUCUCCUGGACACCCCCAAACCCACCUGGAUGCGUUCCUGCGGCACCUUCUCCAGGACAGCACUGAAUCUGUACCACAAGAACCUACCAAAAAUUGAGAUCCUCCAUCAGGUGAAGUUUCUGCACACAACUGUAUCUCGGCGAGGUCUGGAGGAGUUUUUUGAUGAUCCAGGAAACUGGGGGGAAAAAAGUGUAAAGUCUGGGGAUUCAUGGAAUAUCAAGCAGCUAAGGGGCAAGAGUAGUGAAGACUUGCACAAACUUUGGUAUGUCUUGCUGAAAGAAAAGAACAUGCUCUUAACGUUAGAGCAAGAAUCCAAACGACAGCGCAAGCCCAUGCCAAGUCCAGAACGCUUAGAAAAGGUAGAAACGUCUAUGAAAAAUAUAGACUUGGUUGUCAGAGAGAGAGAAAUUGCUUUGAGGCUUUUACAGACAGGCCAUGAAAAGCCAGUCCCUGGCGAGUGGAGACACGACUUCCUGGGACGCACCUUCUGGUACAGUUACAAGGAAUGGCCAAUACCAUGGCACUUGAACAAAAAACACAAAAAGAAGAGAUUCUACUACCUACCUCUUGUGAAUCACUUCAUCAGACUCAGACUUGAAAAAUCCUUAAGGAAGAGGGCAAGGCAGCAAAGCCUGGAGAGGACAAGGCAGAAGGUGUUGGAAAGGAAGUUCCCCGACGUUGCUGUGAAAUCCCAGAGCCAGUAACAUGCUGGAUGAGCACUGCAAGGUCGAGUGUCUGUGGAACAUGAAUCAUGUUCUGGAACCACAAACAACUCCACUGAGCAUUCCAGUCUCCAUCUUUUUUUUUUUGUUUGUUUUUAAUACCACAUUUGACUUUAAUUAAACUUGUGAUCUGGAAUUAAAAAGCAGCUUG